UCCCCCUCGAAACAACCCGCACUAGUAGUAGUGGCUGUCAAGUCCUGGUGCGGUGCGUGUCCGCGAGCGGGCGCGCCAGCUGCGGCGGCGGCGGCCAUGUCGAACCAGGACGUGGUGCUCCCGGACAUGGGCAUUGCGGCGGCGGCGCCGGCGGCGGCCUUGCCGGGCCCCGGGCGCGCCCUCUUCGCGUGCCGCGGCGCCGCGGGCGCCCUCUCGUCGCUGCGCCGGGGCGCGUACGGCGGCCUCGGCCUCCCCGGCGGCGCCGGCGGCGAGCCGUUCCUCGGCGCCCGAACCUGCUGCACCAGCCGGGUCGUCGAGACCAUCCGGGCGUCGUCCCCGACCCGCUCCCCCGCCGUCGACGAGUGCGACGCGUGGACGAGGAAGCAUCCGUCGGCGCUGGGGAGCUUCGACGAGGUCGCGGCGGCGGCGGAGGGGAAGAGGAUCGUGAUGUUCAUGGACUACGACGGCACGCUCUCCCCGAUCGUCACCGACCCCGACAUGGCGUUCAUGACCGCCGAGAUGAGGGAGGCGGUGCGCGGCGUCGCCGAGCACUUCCCCACGGCGAUCGUGACCGGUCGGCGCGUCGAGAAGGUCUGCAGCUUUGUCGGCCUCUCGGAGCUCUACUACGCCGGCAGCCACGGCAUGGACAUCAAAGGCCCAAGCUCCAAGAAGGAUGACCACCAGAUGGUCCUGCUGCAACCAGCUCGCGAGUUCCUGCCGGUGAUCGACAAGGCGUUCAGGGCGCUGGAGGAGAGCACCAGGGCCACGCCGGGGGCCAGGGUGGAGCACAACAAGUUCUGCCUGUCCGUGCACUUCAGAUGCGUCGCCGAAAAGAGCUGGAGCCCAUUGGCGGAGCAGAUCAAGGCCGUGCUCCGGGACUUCCCCGAGCUGAAGCUCACCGAGGGCAGGAAGGUCCUGGAGAUCCGGCCGGCCAUCCUGUGGGACAAGGGCAGGGCCGUCGAGUUCUUGCUCAAGUCGCUCGGGUUCGACGACCGGAGCGACGUACUGCCGGUGUACAUCGGGGACGACCGGACCGACGAGGAUGCUUUCAAGGUGUUGAAGAAGAGAGGUCAAGGUCUAGGGAUCCUCGUCUCCAAGUGCCCCAAGGAGACAGACGCCUCAUACUCUCUCCAGGACCCCACCGAGGUCAUGGAGUUCUUGGUCCGUCUGGUCGAGUGGAAGCGGCUGCGAUCGCCGUUACCGGCGGUGCGCCCAAGGGCGCAGCAGCAGAAGAAGUAGCACUCACGGCGGCGGAUCACCACACGCCGCUCGUCGUCGAUCGCUGCGUGUGAUGCUAGCGCUGAUCGCGAAGAAGCCGAUCUGCGCAUGUUUAAUUAGUAUAGCUAGUUAAUUGUUAAUUGUGCACUAAUAACCCUCCCCUAGAUAUAUUCAUGCCAUGCCAUCGUGGCUGUCAAUCCCCCGGCCGGCCCCAGAGGUGAACCGGCGGCAUGGGUUUUGGGAGGCAGGCAUCCAUGUGCCAAGCUGCUGCCUGCCGCCCUUAGCUUAUCCCAGGAAGGUUCAUCUCCCCUGCUGUAUGAAUUGUGAUGACUACUAGCCAUGACUCUAGCCUGCACUACCCUCAUGUAAAAUGUAACAUAAGAAUUUUAUUCUAAUGGCAGCUAUGCACUACUUCCUUUGAUGAAGACUGUAA